UUGGGGAUGCAGAGGUGGUUGUGUUUUGGCUGGGGAACUUUUCAAGGGUAGGUUUCUCUUCCUCUUUUGUGGGGAGGGUAAGUCAGAUGAUGACUCCUGUGACUUAGCUCCGGGCACGCCCAGGGGCCUUGCCUCCACGAAGGCCAUUGGACAAUCUAACAGUUCCUUUUUUUUUUUUUUUGGUGCACAUUUAAAAAUCAGAGACUUCCUGGAAAAGGAACCUCACUGGGGAAAAAGAGUCAAGCCAGCGUUUGGGAGAGAGAGGAGCCGGGAGAGAACACAAGAGGAGCAAGGGCCGCGUCCCAUUGAAGGAAGCUCGGCUGCAGGACGGCGCAGCCAUGGUGCCUUGGCUCUGGGCUCUGCUGAUGGCAGCUGGGGUGGGCGCCUUGGAGCAUGGCUUCCAAGCUUGCAAGAGGGCCCUGAACGUGAGUGUGCUGGAGGUGCUGCCAGGCGGGGGCUGGGACAACCUGCGCAACGUGGAGGUGGGGCGAGUGAUGAGCCUCAACUACUCGCAAUGCCGCACCACGGAGGAUGGCGAGUACCUGCUGCCGGAUGAGGUGGAAGUGGUGCCGCUCCGGGAGAGCAGGGUGGAGGUGAACGCCGAGCUGAUUGAGGACUGGCUCUCCUACACCGAUGCUUUUGCUCGCUCCAUCAAUGCCGAGGCCUCCUUCCUGGGCAUCCUCAAUGGAAAGUUCUCUUCUGGGUGCCAGGAGACCAAGACAUACAAUGUCUACGACCAGACGGUCACCACCCGGGUGCAAGUGCGGCACCACAUCUACUCGGUGAAGGCCCAGCCGGCCUUCACCCUCCACCCCAGCUUCCGGCACCAGCUCUUGGCCAUCGGCAACCAGCUGGAGAACAACCACAGCCACGCGGCCAUAUACCUCGCUGAGCUGCUGGUGCUGAACUACGGCACCCAUGUCCUGACCAGGCUGGAGGCCGGAGCCAGCCUGAUCCAGGAGGACCAGGUCAAACUGACCUUCCUGCAGGACAAGGUAGCCGAGAAGGCGAGCAUCACUGCCUCAGCCUCCGCCACCUUUUUCGGCAAAGUCAACAUGGGGAUCGGCGCUGCUGCGCAGGUCCAGGAUGAGCUGACCAAGAGCUAUCUAGAGAACACGGUGGACUCACGCAUCGAGAGCCGGGGCAGCAUGCCCUUCUACCCUGGCAUCACGCUCCAGAAGUGGCAGGAGGGGAUCCCCAACCACCUGGUGGCCAUCGGUAGGGCCGGCCUGCCCCUGCCCUUCUUCAUCAGCCCGGAAGCCCUGCCGGAGCUGCCGGCACCCACAGCCAAGAGGGUGACAGCUGUGGUGGACAAGGCCAUUCGUCUUUAUUAUGCCAUCAACACCCACCCAGGCUGCAUCAAGGCCGACGCUGGCAACUUCAACUUCCAGGCCAACGUGGAUGAUGGCUCGUGCCUGGGGGCCAGCACCAACUUUACCUUCGGGGGUGUCUUCCAGGAAUGCUGCGGGGUGUCGGGCCUGGACGGGGAGGAGAUGUGCCAGCCAUAUAGCACCCAGAACCCACUGACGGGGGGCUUCUCCUGCCCAGAAGGCUUCACACCCAUCCCGCUGCACAGCGAGGAGCGCACGGCCAGCAAGCCCCAGGCCGAGUGCCAAGAGCAGUGCCAUUCCUGCUGGCUCUUCUUCUCCUGCUGCCAUAAGGAGUGCGGCGUCCGCUACUACUCCACCACGGUGCGCUUCACGGCCUACUGGUGUGCUGCCACUGGCCCUGUGCCCCAGGACUCUGGCUUCCUCUUCGGGGGGCUGUACAGCGCCGGGGAGGAGAAUCUGCUCACCGGGACCCAUGCCUGCCCAUCCUACUUCUACCCGCUCUCGCUCUUCGAUGGGCUGAAGGUGUGUGUGAGCGACGACUACGAGAUGGGUGCCCGCUUCGGCCUGCCUUUCGGUGGCUUCUUCAGCUGCCAGGCCGGCAACCCCUUGGCUGGGUCUCUGAAGGGACAGAGCCCUGGGCUCCUCCAGGAUUUCUUCUACCAGGAUUCUGACACUGCCUACCCCAUGAAGUGCCCCCAGGGGUACAGCCAGCACAAAGCCUAUCUGAGUGACGGCUGCCAGAUCCUCUACUGCCUUCAGGCUGGGAGCCUCUUUGCCCAGCAACUGGCUCCCAUCAAGCUCCCACCCUUCCUCCGCCGGCCGUCCCCCAACGUCAGCAUGGCCGAAACCAUCCUGGUUCUGGGAGAGGACAGCCAGGCCUGGGUGAAGCUGCAGGGCAGUGGACGCUGGCGACCAGCUAAUGUCACCGAUGAAAGGGAGAUGGCCCAGCUCUUCCAGGCUCAGUCCAGCGCAGGGCCCACGGGGGGCGCUGUGGCUAGCAUCUCAGUGGCCGUGACGCUUGUCCUGGCGGCGGCUAUUGCAGGGGCUGUCUAUGGCACCCGGAGGUACAAGAGCAGAGGGUACCAGGAGGUACAGCCCCCCAGCCAUCUAGUAGAAGAGCAAGGGAGCUAUGGAUCCACCACAAUGUCUCUUGGGACUAGCUCAGCCUGAGAGCCUGGGAACUGGGCCAAGGACUCUCCCUGGGGUGAGUUCUGAAUGGCUCACAGCUCCUGGGUGAGGGGUACGGGACGUGGCAAGGCUGGGGGAGCAGUAGCUUUUAAUCACAUGAAUGCAUUAUUGUUGCAGGCUGCGCUCAGGCAGCUCUCUGAUGCACCCAGGGACGGUAGCGGCACCUUUAAGAGAAGCCCAUUUGUCUAGAACAGCCCUAGGAACCCCCUAUCAACUGGAAGGAAGUUCCUAUGUUUAGCCAAAGGGGGGCACUGUUCCACCAACCAACAAGGACAAAGGAAAGUAGGUGUCUGCCAGUGAGAAAAUCUACCUCUUAAAGGGGAAGGGGCCACAUAUAUAUAUGGAUCCCAGGAUUGCCAAGCCCCAGGUUCAAAAAUCAUGAGAUUGAUUAAAAUAACGUUUUGAGGGAUUUGUUUUUCUUUUGUCUUCCUGGGGGUUGCCAGUGUUGCGGGGUCACGGUUCUGAGCACUUCCCCGCCACCCACAGGGCUGGAAACGUUAUUAAAGAAAGGAAAGCUGAGAAUCUCAGGGAUUCGUGGGCCUCGAUAAAUGUACUAAAUAGCGUAAUGAAGCCAGUGAGCGUUGGCCAGGUGAGGAUCCUGCCCGCCCCUACCAGCCCAGAACAGCCUCUAGGGGAUUCUGAGCCUGGCCAGAGACCUUCAUCCCAGCUCAAAACUUCGUCAUCUCUCUUGGGGCUGCCAUUCUGCCCAACAGCUGCCACAAGCCUCUGCUGUGGGCCAGGGCUGAGCCUGCAGACCCUUAUAGCAAUACUGAGGUUCCAGAUGGAGGAAACCUGGGCGGAUUUGGCAGCUGGGGGGAAGAUUGUGGGAUGGUCGGGGAGGGGUUGGGGAUCAGGGUUACUUGUCAGUAGUUUACAGGAAGAUUGGGACAGUGCUGGGGAGAGGAGGGGGUUAGGGGCUGUGAUGGAGGUUGCAUUUUGUGGGGGAGGGGGUGGGGAACAGAAGGAUUUUCAGUUGCUUGCGGAUAACUGGAGGAGGUAAUGGCGAGUCAGGGAGGCGGGGGGAUACGAGCAGCCCGUAACAGAAGAGCCAUCAGCUUGGGGUAGGUGGCAACCAGCUAUGGGGGCUUGGUGGGGAAAUGGGGAAUUUGCAGCAGGGGAUGGUGGGAGACAUGGACGCUGGUGGGAUGGGGAGCAAGUUAGCAAGCCUGAGGAGGCCAAACGACAGCACUCUAAUGGUUAAUGUUCCAGGCUCACCCAACCACGCAGUUUCAGGGCUUUCAUUUCAGUUCUCUCUCUUCCUUUUAUGUUUGGUUGUUUUUUCUUGUGUGGGGGCAGCAGGGACAAAUGGAUGCUGUGGUGUAAUUUGGGGGUGGGGUGAACAGCUCAAAGCCAAUUACAUUGCCAUACACCCGCCCUUAUACCUCUUCCCCCACAGAGGUGAGUGUGUGUGGCUGUGCCUCUCUCAAACCCAUCAUUGGGUCAUGCAUGGUUGGUUUUUUGCUAACCAAAUAAAGGCUGCAUGCACACGGAUGUAUCCCUUUAAGUUACUGCCCCCUCCCUGGCUAAGGGAGGGUCUGACAGAGGCCCCAACCACAGGCAGGCAGCACAGGUCGUGACCCCCUGCCAAACCCUUUCCAGGAGGCUGCAGAGGCUAGUGGUUAGUGCUGAGAAGCAGGAGUUUGCUUCUGGUCCCAGCUCUGAGUUGCUCAGCAGCCCCUUGACUGCUAACCUCUGUGCCUCUGUUUUCCCCAUUAAUCACGGGGUGAUACUUGGGCAGGGCUAUGAGGCAGAUUCACUCCGUGUAGUUGUAAAGUGUUUUGAGAGGUUGCACUGCAGAAAUAUUUGUCUUUUCCUCAGCACCCACCAGGGCAGUGAUCCUGGGGGAGUGUAACCCCUGUGAAUAUGGCGCAGGGCGGAAAAUUUUAGAAACCACUGUUCUAGGCUGACUAUUCUGCAUUCCCAUGUGUAGACAGGGGACAUGGCAGGCUAAGGCAGGCCAAGGCAGGCCCAGCACUGCGGUCUAGGGGAGGUAAUAAGACCCUGCCCACCUGUAUUUUGCCCACCUUCCUUUCCCCAAACUACACUAAACAUUUCAACUCCUGCUAAGUCCAAAAUAUUGUAUGUGUCCACAAAAAUUAAACCCCCCCAAAAAACAAAAGUACUCUGUCUCUAACAAAAAUUGGUAAAGCAAUGUUUUGGGGAGUGAAAAAGCAAAAUCAUGAUAUGCCAUUUAGGUUCAAUUUCUUUCUGAAUCUGUUUGUUACAUUCAGGAAAAAAUAAGACAACAUUCUACAGGCCAAAACAAAUCACUCCAAGAUCCCCUCUACGAGAAGCAGAGAUCGUGAAGUGAGAUUGUAAAAUUACAGCGCGCCAAAUUUCAUGGGUCAGUAUUAAAAUUUCUCCAGUCACAGAUUAAAUUAUUCCUUCUAAUUUUUCAAAAGCAAAAAGCCAAUAACCAGUCAGAUCUAGACCAUCUCACAUCUGUCAAAAUAUUUCACAGAACAGUUCAACCACAUAGUACAAACCCAGCCAUGGUAGAAGGACAGUGGUUAAAGGUGAGAGGAGAAGGAGGAGAGUGGGCGAGUGAAUGUGUGGCAAGGUGGUAUGGUCUCUUUUACUUCUUUGUAGAAAAACCACAUAGUAGCACAUUGUAAGGGAUGAAAACUAGAGAAAACCCUUUGUUAGAUAC